AUGCAAUGUAGAGUCUGUGUAAACAAUCCACUCAUUGCCGACAAACGUAGUGCAUUUUUUAUUGGCUCAACGAACUUUAGAAUAGAUCCCAUCAAGAAACACAACUUGUCAAGACAGCGUAUUGCAUGUGUACGUGCUGAAGAAAUGCGAGCAGGACCAGUGAACGUCGAAAUUACAAAGAUCGGAGCUGGCCUUCUUUCUCUUCAUAGCAAAGAACGGCAACGUUAUCAGUAUUUGUUUCGCACAGCAUACACUGUUGCAAAGAAAUGCAAGCCUUUUCUUGAUUAUGAGUACAUUUGUGAGGUACAGCAGGCCAAUGAUGUUGAUCUAGGCAAGAACUAUCUGCGCAAUAAGUCUGCAGCCUUGUUCACGAAGAAUAUUGCUGAUGAUCUAAGGUGCAAGACUGCUGAUAAUUUAAAGCAGUGUCACUAUCUCUCCGUGAUUUGUGAUGGAUCAACAGAUUUGACUGUAGUGGAACAGGAGGUUGUCAUGGUUCGCUACAUUGAUCUUACGACUUGUCGACCAGUGACUAGGUUGGCUGCAUUGAUAGAGUUGGAACACCCUCACGCAGAUGGAGUAUAUACAGCGCUAAAGGAUGGUUUGCGAAGAGUUAUUAGUGAACAACCCGAGGAUACCCUCAGGCUCUGUACGCAUGGGGCCAACAUUGUUUGCAGGAAUUUCGAUGGUGCUGCUGUCAUGAUGGGUGCUCGCAACGGUGUCAAAGCAAAGCUGGUCAGAGACUAUCCUUGCGCAGUUGUAAUUCACUGUGUUGCUCACAAACUAGAGCUUGGCAUUCUUGAUGCAGUUAAAGCGGUUCCAUAUCUUGCAGAGUUUGAAGCAAGUAUUAAGGAAAUUUUCAAAAUGUAUUGGUAUUCACCUAAACGGCAACGAGAGCUGAAACAAGUUGCAUCUACUCUUGACGAAGAGCUCAAGUCCUUUUCUGAUAUCAAGCAAGUUAGGUGGGUUGCUAGUAAAGAGCGGGCUCUCAAAGCAAUCCUGCAGAACUUGUCGUCUUUAGCUGCCCACCAGGAGCAUAUGGUUGUUGGCGCCGGAAACAGUAGCGAAGAGAAGUCUAGAGCUCGAGACCUUCUACAGCAAUGUGGAGAUUAUCGUAAGAAGUUCAAUGCUAUGUUCAAUGCACAUGAGAACACAUUUGGUAAAUUGCAACUUAGUUCUCGGCGAUCAACCAGAGGUGGCAUCCAUGCUAACACUGUUACCACUGUCGACUUAGAUGACGACGCAGAGAAGUUCGUGAAGGGUGCUUUGUCAUAUCUGAAAAUGCGCUUUGGUUGCUUCAAAAAUCCACCAUUGUCACAUUUUGCAGCAUUAAACUUUAAGAAAUGGCCAUACGAUGAAACCGAGAGAAAAAGCUUUGGUCAUGACGACAUCAGCGGUUUAGUUAAAGCUUUUGAGUUAGCACUGAAAAAUGCCAGCUGCAAUGUGGAAAGUGUUCGCAGUGAGUGGGGGAAACUGAAACGCCGUGUAGUCUCACUUCGAACCUCUCCUAUACUUUCAGUCUACACUGAUCUAUUGAAAGGUGAAUUCAGCAACCCUGACGGUGACCUCUCGAAUAUUCUGCACCUUGUGCACAUUAUGCUCACUAUGAGUCCCAGCACUGCUGAAAGUGAACGGCAGUUCUCAGACAUGAAAAUCAUAAAGGCCAGUCGGCGAUGUCGUCUACAGCAAGACACAUUGAACGACCUUAUGAGGGUGCAUUGUAAUGGUCCAGAAUUUCGGAAGUUUGACCCUGAUCCUGCCAUAAAUGCUUGGAUUCUUGGGUCGACUGGUUGGCGACACGUUCAUGGUCAUCGUCUUCCCAGAAAGAAAACAAAUGUGAAAAGUAGUGGCGGAUGCGGAUCUGUAUUUAUUGCUAUUGGUCUGUAUCAGUCAAAAGUGGAUCAUGUGUGGAUGCAACAGAUCACGAUUGAAUUCAGAUUGGAUCCUGAUCCAGUGUCUAGUGUGUACAGGUCUUUAGAAACUUUAAGUGUGUUGGGCGAGUGUAUGGUCAGGAAAGGCAGUCCUGACAAAGGUGAAGCACUGCUUAGAGAAUCUCUAAUACCGCGUUCACACUAG